AUGGCAACUCGUUCAAGACAUGGCUGUCUGGAUUGCAAGCGCGCCAAAGUCAAGUGCGAUGAGAUUCAUCCCUCGUGUGGCACUUGUAAGCGCCGCGGCCGCCAGUGUAGUGGCUAUGCCCAAGUCACAAAAGCCCACAAGGCUCGCGCAUCCCUGACUGGGCAAACACCUUCCAACAGCGCUGCAAGUCCUUUGGUGACCACGAUCCCCGCGGAAGACCAAGUGAAUGGCGUUGGCGAAGGUACUGUCCAAGCUUCUCCGGCAGUCGGCAGCCCGAUGGUCACGGAUGAUCUAGCCAUAGCCCCUUUCUCGCCAUUCUCGACUGAAAUAGCGCCAACUCCAGUACCGCAGCUUUUCAAAACAAUGUCAAACAUACCUCCUGGUACUGUACAUCCCUCCGACGAGCCUUUUAUCGAGGUCUACUUUACACGUCAUCCCACCGAACUGGUUUUUGGCAGCGAAUUCGUCAACGAAAUGAACUCCUGUGUACUAAAAGUCUUUCAGAAUAGUCCAAUGGCAGUGGGUGACUCCCUGUCAGCAAUUGGAGAGGCAUACCUGAAGGACCACAAAUCGCAAGCCAUGGUACCGGUUCCCAAUCGAAGAGCUAGGAUACUAGCUAGAUUACGCAGUUUGGACUCUCAAGGGGUCAGUUUGGAGCUCUUGUUGACAGUUAUGCUAGGUUUGUGCGCAGUAGAGCUCAUUGACACAAGUGAGAAACCUGAGAAGAUGUCCGCUCUGCCAUCAUUGUUGGAUAAUCUUUCCAUGAUGCUAGACCAUCACAUCAACCGAGGCUUUGAGCUAACGCAGUUGUCAAAAUAUUUCAUUCGCGCUUUAGCGAGGCAAGACAUGAUGAUUUCAUUAGUCAGAUUCCACCGACCUCGUAUCCCGACAUCCUACUGGCUUGAUGACCAUUCUAAAGAGCAUGCUGAUCGUUUCAUGGGUUAUACCGGAACCUUGAUGCCCAUUCUAGGCGAUCUUUGCGCUCUUGCUGAGGACAUCAGGACACCGAUACCCGACGGCCUCCUUAGCCCUAAUUCCGAGGAUCUCACGUUUUCAAUGGCCCUUCAUGAUCCUAUAAUCCUGGUUGAACGGGCAGCUCAGCUACAAUCGCAGCUUGAGCUGUGGCAUCCCACCGUGGACUCGACGUUGUCAUUUCAGUCCUCGCGUAAAUUUCUGAUGCACGCAAAUGCCUACCGAAGCGCUGCAUUGCUCUACCUCCAUAGGCUUAUCAAUCCAGCUGGAAGCUCAGUAGAGGCAGAUCAAGCUGCAUUAACCAUGGCAUACGAAGUUAUGGUGCACACUAGUGGCGAGGAUGACGACUUGAAAAUGUCCCUAUGGCCUAUAUUUUUGGCUGCAUGCGAAGUGAGCAAUGAAGCUGAUCGAAUGACAGCGAGCUACAUGCUUGGAGCCGUAUGCCGCGCACGGAAAACAGUCACUUCUACACGGACACGAGCUUUCGUGAUCAAUCGAGUCUGGAAUGCUAGAGACAACGCCAUAGACUGGAAUUGGAUGACACUAAGCGAGCAGCAUCCAAACGACCUGCUCCCUAUCUGA